CUUUAAUUUCUAAUAUUUUUAUAUUUUUUGAAACCUAGUGUAAAUUAGUUUUUUCACUUAAAAAACAAUAGAUUUUUACUUAAAAUGCUAAUCGUGAUUGCGAUUUGUUCGGUUUCUUCCCCUAAUUGGCUAUUAAUUCCAAAAUGAUUAAAAGAGAGAGGAAAAUAAAAUUAAAUAAAUAAAGAAUUGGGAAGAAAAAACAAUCUGCAUGCUCAAGGGCAUUUCUGGAAAUGCAGCCUCUUUUAACCGUCUCAAAAUCCCGCCAUUAGAUAUCUCUCUCUCACUCUCUCUCUCUCUCUCUCUAGAACGACGAGAAUCAUGAAAUCCUCUGUACUCAAAAUCCUCUCAAUUCUCACAGCAAUCUUGUUUCUUGACCCGAUUACAGCUCUCGAAUUCCCACCAGAACUCAUUAACGCACUGUUCCCCGAUCUCACGAACACCGCCAACGCCACCCAAUCAACUCCGCCGCCGGCAGCACCGCCCCUCCCUUCUUCUCCGGCGCGCGCCCUGUUCGUAAUUGGGGAUUCUUCCGUCGACUGCGGCACCAACAAUUAUCUCGGCACUUUCGCCCGCGCCGACAGACCUCCGUACGGCCGAGAUUUCGAUACCCAUCUGCCCACCGGCCGCUUCUGCAAUGGAAGAAUUCCCGUCGAUUAUAUCGCAUUGCGGCUAGGGCUGCCGUUUGUACCGAGUUAUCUAGGUCAAACGGGUUCCGUCGAAGAUAUGAAACGAGGGGUUAAUUACGCUUCUGCCGGUGCUGGAAUAAUAUUUUCUAGUGGUUCUGAAUUGGGGCAACACAUCUCGCUGACUCAGCAAAUUCAGCAAGUUAUGGACACAUUCCAGCAGUUCAUUCUCAGCAUGGGAGAGGAUUCAGCACGAGAUCUAAUCGCAAAAUCGAUUUUCUACAUUUCGAUCGGAAGCAACGACUACAUACACUACUAUCUCCUAAACGCAUCUAACGUCCAAUCUCUGUAUCUACCUUGGAGCUUCAACCAAUUUCUAGCCGAGACGAUGAAGCAGCAAAUUCAGAAUCUGUACAAUGCAAAUGUGAGAAACGUGGUUGUAAUGGGACUUGCACCUUUGGGUUGCGCACCUUAUUACUUAUGGUUGUACGAGAGCGAAAACGGGAAGUGUAUAGAGAUGAUAAAUAACAUGAUAAUCGAGUUCAAUUUCGCUAUGAGGUCAUUGGUCGAGGAACUGAACCGGAACCUUCUAGAAGCAAACGUGAUUUUCUGCGAUGCGUUCGAGGGCUCCAUGGACAUAAUCAAGAACCACGAACGCUAUGGGUUUAAUGUGACGAGUGAUGCGUGUUGUGGAUUAGGGGAAUACGGGGGUUGGAUUAUGUGCAUUUCGUCUGAAAUGGCUUGUGUAAAUGCUUCUAAUCAUCUUUGGUGGGACCAGUUUCAUCCAACCGAAGCUGUUAACAAGAUUUUAGCGGAAAACGUUUGGUCCGGACUUCACACGAAUAUGUGCUACCCUAUGAAUUUGCAGGAUAUGUUAGCUCGUAUAUGAAAUUGUGUCUAUAGAUGAUUUCGAAAUCGAGUAUUGAAAGAAUUGUAGAUAAACAUUUUUUUUUCUCAACUUCAUUGAUAAAUGAAUUCAUGUUUUAC